CGCGCGCGCCCGGCCCGGCCCUCGGCCCCGCGCCUGCCUCCACUCGGGAGCAGCCCCGGGCCCCCAGAUCUUGGCGAGCUGGCCUUAGGUUCUUUGUAAGGCCGUGCUCGCCUCGCUUUCUCUCAUCGACCAGGAGAAAAAGAGACUCGCCAACGUUGCCGCUUCGGCCUCUUGUUCAUUGAGAAAAAAAAAAAAAAAAAAAAAAAAAAAGGAGAGAGAAGGGGGGGAGAAAAGGAAAUACUCCGCGUGCGCUUCUGGAAGGGAGGUCAUCUAGCCCGGAAUCCGGGAGGGUUCCAACAGUGGAGGACUGGGUUCCAAAAUUUCCCCGUGGUUUUAAUCCACCGAUUGCUUGGAAGUUGGACUGAAGCAGAGUUUGGAAAGAAGGAAAAAGUUUGCAUCGGGACUGGAUUUAUUUGCACAUCGCUGGAAGAAGAGGAUCCAAGGGAGAGGGGUUGGUGCAAAGCCGCGAUCACGGAGUUCAGAUGUGUUCUAAGCCUGCUGGGGUGAACACACCGCCAAGACCUGAUGGAGGCCAGAGCUCAGAGUGGCAACGGGUCGCAGCCUUUGCUGCAGACAACCCAUGACAGUGGCAGGCAGCGCGGGGAGCCGGAUCCUAGAGAUGCCCUUACCCAGCAGGUACACGUCUUGUCUCUGGAUCAGAUCAGAGCCAUCCGAAACACCAAUGAGUACACAGAGGGACCUACUGUGGUCCCAAGACCUGGGCUCAAGCCUGCUCCUCGCCCCUCCACUCAGCACAAACAUGAAAGACUCCACGGUCUGCCCGAGCACCGCCAGCCUCCCAGGCUCCAGCCCUCGCAGGUCCAUUCUUCACGGGCCCCUCUGUCCAGGUCCAUCAGCACUGUCAGCUCAGGGUCUCGGAGCAGUACAAGGACAAGUACCAGCAGCAGCUCCUCGGAACAGAGACUGUUAGGACCGUCCUUCUCCCCCGGGCCUGCUGCUGCUGAUGGAAUAAUCCGAGUGCAGCCUAAAUCUGAGCUCAAGCCUGGUGAGCUUAAGCCACUGAGCAAAGAUGAUUUGGGUCUGCAUGCCUACAGGUGUGAGGACUGCGGCAAGUGCAAGUGUAAGGAGUGCACCUACCCGAGGCCCCUGCCGUCGGACUGGAUCUGUGACAAGCAGUGCCUCUGCUCAGCCCAGAACGUCAUUGACUAUGGGACUUGUGUGUGCUGUGUGAAAGGUCUCUUCUAUCACUGCUCCAAUGACGAUGAGGACAAUUGUGCUGACAACCCGUGCUCUUGCAGCCAGUCCCAUUGUUGUACGCGAUGGUCAGCGAUGGGAGUCAUGUCUCUGUUUUUGCCUUGUUUAUGGUGUUACCUUCCAGCCAAGGGUUGCCUUAAAUUGUGCCAGGGGUGUUAUGAUCGAGUGAACAGGCCGGGCUGUCGUUGUAAAAACUCAAAUACAGUUUGCUGCAAAGUUCCCACUGUCCCCCCCAGGAACUUUGAAAAGCCGACAUAGCAUUAUUAAUCAGGAAUAUUGCAGUAAUAGGGAUUGUUGCUCCGCCCCCUCCCGUUCCCCGCCCCCCCCUCCCUUUUUAACACAUAUGCAACCAACUAAACAGUUGUAAUCUUGGCACUGUUCGUAGAGGGUUAGGGGAUUUGUGGUUUGCAGUGAGAGGCUUUUCUUUCUCUUUUCUUUUUUUGGUCCAUGUGCCAUUUUAACUGAUACGCUUGCUAGAAUUCAGCUAAUGGAACCCCAAGGAAGGGCAACAGAAGUUUGACCCACAUUGCAUAAGCUAAAGCAGCAAAUACUCCUAGGCGAAGAAGUUGUUCUUGUUUGUGAAUAGUCCAUGCAAAAUGUGUAAAUUAGCAAAUGGCUCCCGGACCCCUCCUUGUUUUCUCCAGAGAUAAUGUGCUAUAUUUUUGUAUAUACGAUAAUAUUUGCAACUGUGAAAGAAAAAAACAAGUUGUGCUAUGCUUCAUGGCACAGUCACAAAAUAUUAUACUAAUAUGUUGUACAUUCGGAAGAAUGUGAAUCAAUCAGUAUGUUUUUAGAUUGUAUUUUGCCUUACAGGAAACCUUUAUUGUAAGUCUCUGAUCUCCCUUUGGACUUGAUGUAUAUUGUACAGUUACAGUAAAAUUCAACCUUUAUUUUCUAAUUUUUUCAACAUAUUGUUUAGUGUAAAGAAUAUUUAUUUGAAGUUUUAUUAUUUUAUAAAAAAAAGAAUAUUUAUUUUAAGAGGCAUCAUAAAUUUUGCCCCUUUUAUGAGGAUGUGAUGGUUGCUGCAAAGGAGAGGUUACAGAUGCUAUGUUCAAUAUAAAAUAGAAAAUAUAUUAACGUUUGAAAUUAA